CGAUCCUAGGUUGCUCUCUCUUCCCCCUCCUCUCGGCGCCGCCACUCACGGUGGUCGCCGCCGCCAGAGCCCUCCUGGCUCCGGUGGGCUGGGUUUCUUGAUGUUCAUUACGAAUUUUUGGAAAAUAUCCCACCUAGGUGGGAUGUUCUUGAUUUGUUUGGUGUUUGGAAAUUGGUCUUGGGCUCAGAUUCACUGGAUCUGGAUAAUGUUCGCUGCUGGGAAGUUCGCUGAAGGCAGUGGUUCGCCGGAAAUUGGACCCAUUAACUUCAAGGUCGCCGGAACUUGGCGGGGUGAAGGGCGGAUAGAGAAGGGGGUUUUCCGGCUACUGUCUUACCGCCUCUGUCGCCUUCUACCAUUGCCGUUGGGGGUCGCCGGGGUCCAACGGGGGUUUGGGGUGAGAGGGGAGCUCCGGUUUGGCUUUCUUUCCGGCUGGGUCUUAUUUGCCCUCCGCCAUUGCCGCCGGGUUUGUUGCCGGAGCCUCGUGGGGGUGGAGGGUGGUUACUUUUCUGAUUUGUGCUACUGCAAGCGUGGCGAUGGGAAUGCUUUUGAAUAGGGUGGAGAGUUACCGGCCGGAGCUUCGCCGGAGGUUUGAACGGCACAGUCAACGGCAUGCCUCGACAAGCCUGCGAUUGCCAGCGACUUCUGUCUUGUCGGGUACUGUAGCUCCUCGAAGAUGCCGCUCCUAUGCGGCGCUGAAAGUUAACGAUGCCUUAACCUAGCCUGCGUUGGGACUCUAGGCUGGAAUUGGGCUGGGAAGGGGCUGCACCUUGGGCCUGGAUCCGCUGCUGGGAUGAGCUCUCUGGACUGCUGAGGGCUGCUGGCUGGCUUUAAUUAGCUGUCUCUAUGCUGAUUGGUGGGCUGGGCUAUAGAGAUCAUUCCAGUUUGUUACUUUGAUUUUUUUUGGACUUUGUUUUGAUGCUGAGUCGGGGGAUUGUCCUGUGCCAGCUUGGAAAAUAUUUCUCUCCCUACCCCUGCCGUAUGGUGGGGGUGAAUGGUUAGAUGCUAUUUUUGCUUAGUUUAGACUAGCUUAGAUAGAUAUUUUUGACUUUUUGAUGCAUUUUAUAAUGCUACUUUUCUGGAUAUAUACAUUUACAUUUUAUCCAAAAAAAAA